AUGACGACAUCAUCGUGGGAAGAGACCGCUAGUAAGAAGCGCGAAGCUAUGUUGGCUGCCAUACCCUCGGAAUGGCGACUAGAAAAGGUGCCAUCGGUGGAAGAACAAGUCGAUGUCACAGACUACGUGAAGCAGUACUUCAGCAAGAAAGAGCUGGACAUCACUGGAAGCAGUGCCGAUGUGAUCGCAAAGACUGUGGCUGAGGGAAAUUGGACUGCUGAAGAGGUCACGAGGGCAUUCUGUCACCGAGCUGCAGUUGCGCAUCAAUUGCUGUCAUGUCUUCACGAGAUCUUCUUCGACGCGGCCAUCCGGGAUGCAAAAGCGCUCGACGCGUACUACGCAAAACACAAGAAGACCAUCGGGCCCCUUCAUGGCGUACCCAUCUCACUCAAAGACCAGUUCCAUGUCAAGGAUGUCGAGACCAGUAUGGGCUAUGUCGGCUGGAUUGGCACCUUUGAAGGCAAGAAGGGUACUGGCAAAGAGAAGGUUUUCGAGAGUGAGAUGGUGAAGAUGCUGCGUAAGGCGGGAGCUGUGUUGUACUGCAAGACUAGUGUGCCGCAUACGCUGAUGAGCGGGGAGACCAUCAAUAACAUCGUUGGGUUUACGCUUAACCCGAAGAAUAGGAAUCUUACAGCUGGUGGUAGCUCCGGUGGCGAGGGCGCGCUGAUCGCGCCCUUAGGAUUCGGCACCGACAUCGGCGGCUCCAUCCGCAUCCCCGCCGCCUUCAACGGCCUCUACGGCAUCCGCCCCUCCACAGGCCGCCUCCCAUACGAAGGCAUGGCAAACUCCAUGGACGGCCAAAACACCGUCCUCUCCGUCGUCGGGCCCCUCGCCACAAACGCAGCCUCCCUGCGCCUCGCCACCCAAGCCCUGCUCGAACAAAACCCCUGGCUCCACGACCCCCUCGUCCACGAAAUCCCGUGGCGCCCGGGCCAAGAAGCCGAGAUCAAGUCCGCAAAGAAACUCUCCUUCGGUCUGUUAAUGACAGAUGGUGUGGUGAACCCCACGCCCCCCGUCCGCCGCGCUAUUGAAACAGUUGUUGAGUCUCUAAGGUCUGCUGGUCAUGAGGUGAUAGACUGGCAACCCCCCUCCCACCGCACCAUCAACGACGUCGGCUUCCGUCCCUGGAUCUACGACGCCGGCAAAGACGUCAAAUCCGCGUUUGCGCUCUCCGGCGAACCCAUGGCGCCGCAAGUUACCUUUUACCAAGGUGUCGAGAAAGAGUUCAGCGCUACGGAUAUCGCGGCUACGAAUGUGGAGUUGAGGAAGCUGAAGAAGGAGUACAUGGAGUACUGGAAUGGUACGGUUGAUAAAACGAGUACGGGGAGGUCGGUUGAUGCGGUGAUUUGUCCGCUUGCGCCGUUUCCGGCAAGUAGGAGGGAGAGGUUCAAGUAUUAUGGGUAUUCGACUUGGGUUAAUGCGUUGGAUUAUACGAGUGUUGUUGUGCCGGUUACGACUGUGGAUAAGGGGGUUGAUGUGAAGGAGGAGGGGUAUAAGGCGCUUGAUGAGCAGGAUGGGAGUAUUCAGGAUGAUUAUGAUCCCGUGAUCUAUGACGGCGCGCAUGUUAGUGUGCAGCUUGUUGGACGGAGGUUGCAGGAGGAGAAGAUGAUUGCGGUUGCGGAGUUGGUUGGUAGUAUUAUUGGGAAGUAG